AUGAAUAUCUUCAAGAUUUUGUUAAUGUGCGAAGUGUUUUCCAAUAUUGUGGCAGAAAUUCAGAUAUUAAUCAACCCUGUGAAUUUGCCUGAAAAUAAGCUUCCUGGAACAGAGCUAAGUCGUGCUUAUGACAAAGAUGUGGCUGGAAAACCAAAUGCCUACCGCUUUUUGAAUAAAACAAAAGAUUUUGUCAUCGAUGCAAAUUCUGGUGUCAUUACGGCUACAAAAAUCUUUAAUUAUGAAACUGAUCCAACCAGGUUUCUACUUAUAGUUGAUACCGGAGGGGUCAUGAGACAUGUUUUGACCAUUAAUAUAAUAGAUGUUCCAGAACCUCCAGACUGUACUGCUGACCCCCUCUUUUCUUCGGGUUCAGCUACAUUUGAAAUUGCUGAGGACUAUCCACUCUUUCAAUCCAUCUAUAAAGCAACUGUUACAGAUGAGGACAUUGCACAUGGUGACAGGCUGACAUACAGCAUCGAGACAGAGUUAUCUGGACCAAAAAGGGGAGCACACACGUUUGGAGUAGAUCCUGUAAAUGGUGUUGUUAGCUUAAGAGGUGAAGAUGCCUUGGACUUUGAUGCUGGAUAUCAUACUUUCCAGCUUUCAGUGAGAGCAACAGAUUCUGUGGGUUUGUUCUGUCAAGGGACAAUAAUUAUCAAUAUUCGAAACAUAAAUGAUGAGACGCCUCAAUUUGAGCCAUUUCCUAUGGAUUCAAUUAAUGUGACUGAAAAAAAACCCAUUGGAGAUUUUGUAGCAAGAGUCAAAGCAACAGACCGUGAUCAAGACAGCAGCAUCAUGUAUUCCUUUAAAACCCAUCAGGAAAUGUUUGCUUUAGAUCCUUUCACAGGUAUAAUCACUGUUCUUCAGUCUUUGAAUCUUGACAACCCAAGUAACUCCAGAAUCUACUCAUUAGAAAUUGAGGCCAGGGAUGAUGGCAAUAACACCAACUCCUAUAUGUUCACAGUUUUUGUGGAGAAUGUUGAUGAUCCUAUCUCCUGUGAUCCAAAUUUUUCAACGGGUGCAGGUGUUUCAGUGUCUGUUGACGAAAAUAUCCCCCCUUCUGCUUUUAUAUAUGCAAUUCUUUCAAGAGAUCCAGAUCUGGGACAAGAAGUUGAACAUGCUCUCAUCCCCACUGCAACUGUGAUGAGUGUGCCAAAUUUCUGCUACCAGCUUUGGCUUGAAGAAGACAGCUCCCACUGGGAUUCUCCAUUAGAAAGACCCUUACUGAUUGACUGA